GUGUGUGUGUGUGUGUGUGUGUGUGUGUGUAGCAUGCAUGUGGUGUGGAGGUGAGGGGUCAGAGGAGAACUCAGAGUUGCUUCUCAUCUAUCAUGAGAGCUGGGAGCUUCGGAGCCAAGCUCUUUUACCUGCUAAGUCACUGGCCCCCAAGAGGCAGUUUUUUGAAAACAGAAUCUGGGUUCUGCUGGAUGAGGAAAUGGAGGGGCUACUAUUUCUUUCUGCACAAAGUUGUGCUGAUGGGUUGGUGUCUGGCCCCACAGGUGGCUCUGCUGAGAUCACCUGAGUAGAGAUCAGGUCAUCAUUGGGUCUCACAGAAAUGGUCAUACCGUUCAGUGCUGGGCAGAAACGACCCCACUGGGCUGUCUUUAGGAGGUGAGCUGUGGGUUCAAAGCAGUACGGUGUGGGGGAAAUGGCUCCUCUAUCCUGGCCGUCAGCCCGUGCUUUAACAUGGUGUGUGCAUCCUGACAAAAUAAGAGCCCGCCCGACUCUGUUCUAGCUGGCUUGAAUGUGAGACUUCCUAAGAGAAUGAACCAGAUGUACAGACUUGUACAUCUUUAUUCUUAGUAGGGCCAGGUGAUCUAGGUUGCUCAAGGUAAGUCUUUUGUCAGUCUUCAAAGCCUUUUAGCACACACUGCUCUCUGUGGCUUGUAAACCCAUCAGAACCGAUACUGGCUGGCUCUCUCGCUAAGAGCUGCUGUGUUGAGUGGGCAGUGUUGGCUAAGGUGGUGCUCACCUGACACUGUGGUAAGGGCAACUUAGGUGCUGGGCCUUAAACCUGUCACAUUGAGCUCUGCGGUCACCCUCCCUCUAUCCUCCUUGUGUGCACAAUCUUGAUGUACCUCAGGGUGACUUUGAAAAGAAACCUGGCAUAGGACCCUGUCUUAGGGUUUCUAUUGCUGUGGAGAGACACCAUGAUCACAGCAACUCUUAUAAAGAAAGCAUUUAAUUGAGGUAGCAGCUUACAGUUCAGAGGUUCAGUCCAUUAUCGUCAUGACAGGGAUCAUGGCCAUGUGCAGGGAGUCAUGGUGCUAGAUAUAUCUUAAUCAGAAAGCAACAGGAAGUGAACUGUCAUACUGGGUAUAUCGAGCAUAUAUGAGACCUCAAAGCCCACCUCCACAGUGACACACUUCCUCCAGCAAGACCACACCUACUCCAACAAAGCCACACCUCCUAAUAGUGCCUCGCCCUAUGAGCCUAUGGGAGCAAAUACAUUCAAAUUUCUACCGACCCUGACACUUUCAUACUUUGAAGAAAUCAAUUCCUGCCUUUGUUUACAAAAGAAAAUUUAAGCGCCUGUCUUUCAUUGAACGGUUCCCCAUCAGUGUAAGCCUUUCUAGAAACAUCGUUUCUAGACACUAGCUUCAUGUUGUUGGACUCUAGAGUCCAAACACCAAGGAGGAGUCGCCCCCAGAGACCACCCCUCACACCAUAGCUGAUGCAAAAGCAUGAGGAUUUUAUUAAUUCUGUCAUGACAGGGUCCCUCAGCAUUUGGAAAGCUGAGAGACCUCAAAUAGCUGGUACAAGCUACUUUUAAAAGAGAAGGCCACAGAAGCAAGGGGGGUUGUUGAAAGGGCUAUUACCAAUAGUUGGCUGGAGAGCUGUUGCCAGAUCAGAUGAGGUAAGAGGUCAUUUUGACCCCAUUUCCCAGGUGACUGAAUCAAAACAUACGUGUAUGGGUAAUUGUUCAGAAACUGAGUCAACAUCUUAAAGGUUAUCUUGCCCCAAUUUCUGGAGAACAUAUGUGCAUGUGUAGCUGUUAGGUCCUUGGUUCCCAGGGGAGGAGGGGAAGCACUAUGGCACGGAGGCUGAGAGGAUUCAGAAUUGUCAGAAAUGGCUUCAGAAUGGUCUUAAAGUUUUACAAUGUCACAUUCUGUUUGUAAAUGCCCGCUGCAGAUAUUUUAAUAUAGCAGCAGUUUAGCAUGUGGGUUAGUACUUGGAAGAUAUGCGUAUCCCAGACUCUCUCUGGUCUCACCGUAUAGCUGCAGAAACCUUGAUAGCCUGUGAUCUCCCUGCUUCUGCCUUCAAGUGCUAGGAUUGCAAAUGUGUGCCACCCUACCCUGUAGUGAGACUUCAUUUGUAUUUUAGUAAAUAAAGCUUGCCUGAAGAUCAGAGAGUAAUCAGCCUUACAAACCAGGCAGUGGUGACACACACCUUUAAUCCCAGUAGCCAAACUAGUUUGCCACAGAAACCAGGCUGGGCGGUGCAUGCCUUUAAUUCCAGUGGUGCACACCUUUAAUCCCAGCCCUAUAGAGGAACUUAAGACUGGAGGAGACAGCUCAUAAACACAGUCUCAUUCUGAGAUUCCUGGAUCACCAUUUCAGAUGGAAGUAGAGGUAAGAGAGCCAAUGGCUGGCUGUUUGGUUUUUCUGACCUUCAGGUUGAACCCCACUUUAUGUGUCUGGAUUUUUAUUAAUCGUGCUAUACUACCCUGUUUAUGAGGUGCUAGAGACGGAACCAAGAGCUUCAUGCACAGUAGGCAAGCAACUUAUUACUAGUCCUGUUCAUUGCUUUAAAGGAAAAACAAAAGCAACACUAGCCUGGGCUUUCUGCACACACCUUGGAUCUGAAGGGGAAUGAAUGCAUUUGUAAAGUAUGUGAUAAGCAGUAUGCAGGUUAAAUUAUUGGGGUACUAGGGAGUGAUACCCAAAACCACAUUCGUGAACAUUUUAGCCCCCAGCUGAUGGUGCUAUGGAUUGGGAAAUGACAGAAUCUUUAGAAGGUGGAACUUGGCAUGAGGCAAUUGAGGGGCAUGCUUCUGAAGGGAAUACUGGGUCCUCAUCUCUUUCCUCUCUCUGCUUCCUGGAGCCCAUGAGGUUUGCUUUGCUCUGCCACACACUCGGUGCCCUAAUGGUUUGCUUUGUCACAGACGGAAAAGCAAUGGAGCCAGCCAGCCACGAGGCCUCUGAAACUGGAAGCCACAAUAAACUUCCUUCUGUCCUAAGUUGUUUCUCUCAGGCAUUCCCCCACAAUCACAAAAAUUGCCUAACAUAGCAGAGAACAGGGCUGUUAGGGCUACUGAGGCCUCAGGCUUACAGCAAAUCACCCCAUACUUAACCCACUGCCUGAUGGAAAGAGGAACUGACCAGAGGGCUCCUUUCCAAAUUCUUACAUUAUUGGAAUAAAAUUCUUUGAUGAAUAAUCUUAUUUAUCUCAUCUAAGGCCCCUGUUCAUAUAUACUCAUCUUACAGGGGAGAAAGAAGAAUGACCACCGAGAGCCUUAUUUCCCGACCAGUGCCUACAGUAAUCCAUUGAAACAGUAUUACUUCCGCCCCAGUCACUGUGCAGAGCCUCUGGCAUAGGGAAGGAUGGCUUAUGGCCUGUAGGGGAAGUCCCUUCUAAACCAGGAGCUCAAGCUUCCUAGUCUGUGGAGGGGUCAUUUCCUCUCUGUGAUUAGCUUCCCUGAGGGUGGGUGGAGGCUUUGUGGUUCUUAGCCCUGCUAUGCUUGGCCCAGUAAAUCCCCAUUCAUCUGGUUGUAGGGAAAUGUAGGUGUGGUGUGACGGAUGGUGGUGAUUUAUGCUGAGCCAGAACUGGAGUUUUGUGUUGUAACUCAUAAACCCAACCUCUCUGAACCCAACAAGACCUGGCACCUUUCAGCGCGGAAUGCAGUGGUUUCUUUGGAUCGCCAGCUCCCGAGCAAUGACACUGAGACUUUUUAUUAAUUAUGAAAGCUUACACUUGCUCCCAACUAGCUUGUAAAACUUAAAUUAACCCAUGCAUAUUAAGCUAUUUUUUGUCACCUGGCUUAUUACCUCUUCUCAGUAUUGUACAUCUGACUUCCUUCAUGUCUGGCUGGGGAAAUCUCCUGCCUCAUAUUCUUUCCCAGAGUUCUUAUCUCUGCCUGAAAGUCCAACCUAACCUCUCCUGCCUAGCUUAAUUAAACAAAUCAGAAAAUGCCGUAGGCAGGUGAGGUUAAAUAGAGACGUGUUUGCACACAGUGUACAAAAAGAUUAUCCCAACAAUGGUUGCGUGAGCACUUCUGUUUUCACAGUAUGAGGAACUGAACCCAGAACGUUGUGUGGCUUCCAAGUGCUCUACAAUCAGCUACAACUCUAGCCCUUUUUACUUUGAGAUAGGUUUUUGUCAAACUGCCCAGGCAGGCCUUGAGCCUUUGCUAUUCCUACCUUAGCCUCUGGAAUAAACUUGACUUUCAGGCCUAUACAGGUCCUGGCUACAGCCUAAGAACUUGUGUGAGGCAUGACCCUAAGCAUGAUCAGUAUGGUUGCUCCCAUAAUUCUCAGUUUUCAAUAUGAGUAGUAUUACCUCUACCCAAGCCCACCGAGUGUUUAAAGAUUACAGACAGAUCACAGGCGGCACCAGUUUCCCUGGCUAGGGUAUGGAAUUUAGGCAGCUCUGCCUUGGGAUUCAGUUAGUCCUCCCCUUAUUAAUCCCUUCUCUGUUCUGAGUUUCUAACUCGAUCAAGUUUCUAACUGUUGCAACCAAAACUACUUCACUGAGACAGUUACCGUGAGAAAGGUUGGCAUGAGAGCAAAACCCUGAGCUGUUGUGGGGAGGCAGUGAACAGAGCAAACGUCUGGGCAUCCAUUGGCAGUUACAAUGAUGGGACCUGCUGCAAUGGGGGAUUUGGCUCGCGCGGUCUCUGUUCCCUCCCUUCUAGGAACAGACACUUCAAUUGCCUUUUGGGAAAUUACAUCUAUCCUUUCAGUCUUGGGAAACUUAAUAAAAGUUCCCAUGACCAAAGCAUAAAGAACAGGCAUGUUUUCUUCUGGAGGUUCACCCAAGUGAAGUUCUGCAAAGGCCCAGUAAAACAAAAUACACUUGUUAUUGUUGAAACUGUGACUCUCAGGUGUUCAAGCAGCAGACAACCCAACUAAUGUAAUCAAAUAAAAUCGGAUUGUUUUGUUGUUGCAGCCACAAUCCCGAGAUGAGCAGCUACUAGCUUUGGUCCUAUUGGUCAGCACCGUCUGAGCUGCUAUAUUAGUGGGGGCUUCAUCUUUCCCUCACAAACACGAAGUCCUGCACUGCAUCCAUGUUCAAAGCCUUGUGUUUCAGUUUUCCUUACUAGGAAAUUAAAUCUGUCUUACAAAACUCACAGGUGUCUUCUUGCUCAUAUAUUCUGCCUGAGUCUGGACCGUGUAACUAUGUGAGCUGCAAGGGGAAUGGGGACAGCUGGUGUUUACUUCCUCCAGCCUCUGUGGGCGAAGGAAGCAAAGGAAAAGGACUGCAUAGCCACAUGGAUGCCAGGCAGCAGCAUCUCCUCUCUAGUGGCUACGCUGAAGGCCAUACAGUUGAUCCUGCUCUACUCCUGAGUUUGCCCUGGACUUUGCACCCCACAAAUGCAAUCCCCAAGCUUUCAGUUUUGUUAAGGUUUCAGUGUGAAAUUCCCCCACAGGCUCAGCUUUGGGCUGCUGCUUCAGCUGGUGCUGCUAUUUUAGGAGGUUCUGGAAACUCUGAGAGGUGGAGCAUAUCUGGAGGAAGCAGACCAAGUUUAGCACACCUGAUUGUUCUGGUUGAUAAGGUUUACUCGAACGUCUCAUCUGCCAGACUUCUUACCCCUUACUCCACUAGCCUAGCUCACAGACUUUAGUUUCAUUAACCUGUCUAAUCGUUAACUUUCAUUAACAGUUUCACUAAUUUCAAUUUUUCCUACCUCUGCAAGGACAUGGGAAUACGUGUACCCAGAAAAACAAGCAUAGAGGCUGGAUUGCAUUUUUGAGAACAUUUUUUGAAAUAGUGGGAAUUGUGGAGUGGGACUUCCCAAGCCCUCAAGUCCACACCAGCACAAUGGAUAAUUCAGGCUAGCAAUAAAGGGCUGUUUUGUGUUCCUUAGACUAGCAUGGCCCUUAGAUUAUGACACAAACAACCUCCAGUAAGAGUCAGCCUACUUGCUAGAAGAGGAACUUGAAGACCAGAGGCCAUGAAGGCAACCUUGGCCUUACCAUGGUAGGACACAGGGUUCCCUUUUAAAAACGGGCUUUUGAUAUCAAAAUGAAAGAAUUUUAAAAACAAGGCACAGGGUAACUCGAGGACAAUUUAUUGGAGUUGGGAGGAGAAAACAAUAGGUCAUGCAGCUGUGGGGAGGGGAGGGGAAGAAAAGGGAAAGUUGCCCUCUGUGAGCCAGAAGCCAGAAAGUGCCCCAGUUGCCUAGUGGCCAUCCGCAAGUAACUGGAUGCGGGGAGCUGGAGCACGUAACAGGUAUUUCGUUAGUGGGAGAGCUGUUGGGUAAAUUUCUGUGCCUUAGGCACACCUACCAUAUUGUCCUUUUCAUUGUUAACUUAGGCUCAUCUUGUUUACAUAAUAAAACUCUUUACUGUAGGAGGUGGAGGAGGGACUCUUAUCUCAAAGGACUCUUAUCCCUCGUGGAGUUCUUAUUUCUAUUUUAUAGACAACUGACUUAACAGCUCUGAUGAGGUGGUUCUUUCACUAGAGCAUUGCAGAAGACCCUGGUACAAUUCCCAGCACCCACAGCCUCACCUGACUUCUGUGGGCUUCUCCGUGCCUAUGAAACACAUAAACUCAUGCGCACACAUAAAUCAUGCACACACAUAACUUAAAAAAGGAAAAAAAAAACCCUGAUUUACAAGUCAAGCACCACGCUAGGUGUGGUAAUGCUUGCCUCUAAUUCCACCAGGGAGAGAGACAGGAGGGCUGCUCUAACCUGGUCCACAUAGAAAGUUCUAGGCCAGCUUGGACUACCUUACCUCAAAAACCAAAACAGCUUCUCCCCCAAGUCAAACUACUUGCCCAAAAUGACCAGUUUGGACACCAGACUCCAUCCUUUGCUGCCCACCCUAUAUAUUUAGCAUAUAUAUGCACACACACAGCACUCACUUACGAAGCUGAGGCUGUCUGAGCUUUCUUGGCUCCCAUCCAUUCCAGUUCAGUCAUGCUGGUGAUCAUUACGAGGACGUCCUCAAGGAAACUGACCCCCCCCCCUUAGCUAAUGACUAAUAUUUCAUAGAAAUGAGCUGUACCUGUUCUGUGGGCAGAACAUCCAGUUCUCAGGAAUGGGUGUGGUGUUUGGGUGGCCCCAUGAGGAUUUCCUUUUGGUGUUAAACUACCUGUCAGCCCCUGAUAACUUACAUGUCUAAAAGAGAAUUAAACUUCAUAAAGAAAAUAAAAUUGUUUGCUUCGGAGUCAUUACAAAUUCAGACUGGUUCCAUAUUUCCAGGAUCUUGCACAGUAUCGCUAAAUUUAUCAAAAAAAAAAAUUUUCCUCCUGUCUCUCUAGAGGAUCAAGUCAGCCACCCAUUUUCUCAGUUUCCUAAAUAAUGAGUCAAGUGUGCCAGAACCCGGCUGUUGGGAAAUAUUUUCCGCUCUCCGAUAAAAGGAGAGGAAGGCUGAAUUUCUCUUGUAACCUUGGCCAACUCCGGGAGCAGUAUUAGUAUUCGAGAGCAGCAGAAAUCGAAUUGAAGGCCGCAGGGAGGAGGCUAGCCGAGACGAAAGGGAGCCACGGCAAUUUUGGAGCCAGUAGGGAAGAGCUGCAGCUGGGACCAACAAAGACCAAAAACGGACCCGGCUUUCCGCCCAGCCAGCUCGCGGGGCGGGGCCUUCGCUCGCGGGAGCCCCGCCUUCUCGGGGCGGGGCGAGGGCGAAGGGUGGGGCCGCGCUCCGUCGGGGCGGGGCCUGUGGAAUCUCCGAAUUCCUAGACGCGGGGCCUUGGCACGCGUCUCCCGGCGCGGGGUUCCUCUCACGCAGCCACCCUUUCAAAAGAUGCCGAAGGGGCGGCGCGGCAGCCAGAACCCCAAGAUGAGCCAGCGGCCGGCUCCGCCCCUCUACUUCCCGUCGCUCUAUGACCGGGGCAUCUCGUCGUCUCCGCUGAGCGACUUUAACAUCUGGAAGAAGCUCUUUGUGCCACUGAAGGCGGGCGGAGCGCCGGCAUCCGGGGUGGCAGGGAUAGCGGGGGUCCGACCCCUGCCUCUGGCACCCCCAGCCACGGUGCCGCCGCCGCCUGGCCUGGGUCCCCCCAGCGAGCGCCCGUGCCCUCCGCCCUGGCCGUCCGGCCUGGCCUCUAUACCCUAUGAGCCUCUGCGCUUCUUCUACUCGCCGCCGCCGCCAGGGCCCGAGCCGGCAACUUCAGCCCUGGUCCCCGGCUCCACGACCUCCUGGCUCGCCUCCGCCUCCCACCCCGAGGAGCUGUGCGAGCUAGAGAUCCGGAUUAAGGAGCUGGAGCUGCUCACCAUCACUGGAGACGGCUUCGACUCCCAGCGCUAUAAAUUCCUGAAGGCGCUGAAAGAUGAAAAAUUACAAGGACUGAAGACGACCAGGCAACCUGGAAAGUCGGCCCCUGUCUCCUGAGGAGCUGCCCUCCAGAGCUGGGCAGCCACCUCCUUAGGUGUUAGUGCUUAGAUAAUGUGUCCUGUUUGUUGUCAUUUCGAAGAUGGUUAUUUUCUAUUCUGUCUUUACUACUGUUAUUGUUGCUCCUGGAACAUACGUCACAUACAGUGCCUACUUACAUGGUAAAUCUCA